GGCGUCGGCGGGGCAUGGACCCGGAGGAGGCGGAGGCGUGCGCCGUCGUCCACGUGGGCUGCGCGCACAGCGGCGAGGUGAUCCCCGUCGAGGUCUGGGGCGCGGUCGGGUCGGCGCGGUCGUCGCUGCGGCGCCUCGUCGCGGACGCGUGCGGGUGCUCCGAGGCGUCGCAGAUCGUGCUCUGCGGGCCGCCCUGGCGGCCCCUGGACGCGGAGAGCGCCGCGGGCGUCCUCGCGCGGGCGCCGCCGCGCGGGUCGGCGGGCGCGCGCGCGUCGGAGCUCCGCGUCUUCGCGUACGACCGCGCGGCGAUCAAGGCCGGCGGCGACGGCCCGCAGCGCCACGGCGGCGCCGACGCGGCGGACGGGCGGGUGGCCCUCGAGGCCCUCGUCGUCCCGCGGACGCUCCCGGAGGCGCGGCGCCUCGGGCUGCUCGACGACGACGGCGAGAUGCGCGAGAGCGACGCCAUGGCGGGGUCGCCGACGGACGCGCUGUCCGUCGCGGGGUCGCCGGGCGAGGGCGGCCCGCUCCAGCGCGCCCUCGGCGACUUCGCGUCGCAGUUCAAGCUGCGCCUCGCCCAGGGGCGGGCCUACGCGCGCGCGGCGACGAACCGCGCGGCCGCGUGCCGGGGCCUCGCGGACCGCGCGGCCGUCCGGUCCGCGGCCGUCGCGGCCGCGCUGCUCAACCUCGGGGACCACGGCGGCGCGCUGUCGAGCGCCCACGGCGCGUUGGCGGCCAAGGCGCGGCGCCACGGCGACGUGCAGCGCGACGCGCUCGAGCGCUUCGAGGACGAUCUAGACGCGUUGGGCCGCCGGGCGUUGCACCCGGCGCUCGCGCGCGCGGUCUUCGACGGCGACGCGCGGGCCCACACGCUCGCGGAGUGCGUGCCCGCGGAGCGCGUGCGCAAGUGGGCCGAGCACUGCGCGCGGACCCUGGCGGCCGUCGAGGCCGACGGCGCGCGGGUCGGCGGGUUGGUGGCGGACGUCGCGGGCCGCGUCGACGCGCUGGUCGCGCCCGAGACGACGCGGUCCAUGCGGGACCGCGUCGACGGCCUCGAGGCGGCGGCGGCGGCCGUCGCGGCGCUGGCCGAGGACCAGCGGCGCGCCGUGGACGAUCUGGACGGCGACGAGCGCGACGCGAGCCGCCUCGCGGCGGGCGCGCGGUCGGGCGUGCUCGAGGACUCGGGCAGCGGCGAGGAGCCGACGUCCUGCAUGUCGACGUCGGCGACGUCGCCGAAGAACACGCCGCCGAACGCGGACCUGGGCGGCUUCUUCCCGGCGCACCGCGGGGGCCUCCUCGACGACAGCGACGCGGCCGGCUCCGAGUCGGGCACGUUCGGCCGGGGUUCGACGGGCGCGCUCGACGCCUGCCGCGAGCUCCAGACGCGCUGGGAGUCGCGGGACCGCAGCCUGCCGGCCAUCAAGGCCACGGAGAAGGCCGUGCGCGACGGCGCCAAGGGCUGCGCGCUCGAGGCGGAGGCGCUCGCGGACGGCGCGCUCCGGCGGGUGAGGGACGUCGCGGACGCGCAGAGCCGCAUCCACGGCGCGCGGAGCCGCCACCUCGCGGCCUUCGGGGACGCGCUGCGGGACAAGGCGGCCCACUUCGCCCAGCUCGACGCCGUGCGGCGCCUGCCGCGCGCGCACGCGGCCUUGUGUUUGGAGGUCGCGCGGCGCCGGGCCUACGGCGUCGCGGCCGUCGCGGCCGUGCGCGGCGCCGCGGACGCGGUCGCGGCGCUGCGCGACGCGGAGCACGAGCGGCGCCUGCGCUUCGCUAGGAGCCACGGCCAGCGGCUCCCAAGAGCGCUCCUGAAGGCCGUGCCCGCGCUCCUCGAGGCGCCCGCGACGUUCUCGCCGACCUUCGACCCGGAGACGUCGGCCGAGCCCUUGCCCGACGUCGCGCUGAGCGAUUUGGCGCCCGACGGGACGCCCCUGUCCUCCGCGGACCCGGCGGACCAGGUCCAGGAGAAGCGGCCGCGCGCGUGGUCGUGCGAGAGCGCCGUCGGCAACGCGGGCGCGGCGACCACGCCGGGCUCGACGCCCCCGAAGCGCGACCCGGACGUGCGCAUGGCCGAGGCGACGGCGACCUACGGCGAGGACGAGGCGCGCCGCGCGGGCGGUUCGGUGAUCUACGGCGACCGCGACCGCGACGAGUGCUCCGACGACCCCGACGACUGCGAGGCGGAGAACCGCGCGCUGCGCGCGCGCUGCGCGAAGCUCGAGGUCGAGCUCGCGGCGUUGCGGGCCGAGGCCCUCGAAAAGCCCAGGGGGGGCAAGCCCGCGGAGAGCGACAGCGACGACUUCGACGAGCGCGACGACGACGUGCCCGAGACCUUGGGCCGCCGGGGCCGCGCGCUGAGCGAGGACUCGGCCGAGGUCAAGCGCGACCUCGCCGCGGCGGCGCGGGGCAUCGGCGACCUCGAGGCGGCGCUGGGUCUGGAGUACCGCGGCGCCGCGCCGCCCGUCGCGGAGCGGUGCGCGGCGGCCGUCCGCGCGGUCCGCGCGGCCGCGGCCGCCGGCGGCGCGCCGAAGAUCAGCUUCCGGUCCAUCGGCGUCGGCGACGUCGCCCUCUUCCUCCCGACGGGCGGCGCCGAGCACUCCAAGGCCUACCUCGCGUUCCACCACGGCGCGCCGCACCGCUACCUCGCGCCGCAGUCCAUCGCCGCGAUCCGCGAGGCCCACCAGCGCUACCCGGACUUCAUCCUCGGCCGCGUCACGCGCGCGGAGCCCCGCGACGUCACCAACGACCCGGACUCGAACCCCUACCGCCUCCCCCUCGGCACGGUCUUCCACGUCCUCGCCGUCGAGUCCCUCUGA